AUGGCAGCACCAGCACCAGCCGCAGCUCGACUUGACUUGAGGCGGCAACGGGGCGAUCAGACACGAUGGCGAGCAGGUGGUUUUCCGCGAUCCAUAGAGACGCCCAAUGAGUCCAGACCGAUCGUGUGUCGCGAUUGGCCGCUCGACUGGCUCUUCUCGUCUUUCUACGCCCGCCCCGUUCCAGCCGCGGUGGCAAAAACGACCGACGCGGGCCGCAGAAGGGAUGGCGUCAUUCACAGAAAGGAAGUCUCCCCCGCAGGUGGCAACAGCCGCCUCUCGUUGGUCCCUCGUCCCUCUCCGAGCGCAUUCGAGCAGCAGCUCAUUAGCAGCAAGCUCGUCCCUCGUACUUCCAACGUUGAUUCGAAGUACCAGCGUCGCUCCCGCAAGUCGUUCGAACUCGGUCCUGUCGAGUCAGCGACCGUGUCCAAGCGCCUCGUCACCAUUCGCCUGCCAAAGCUGUCGAUGGGCUGUCAGACGUCGAAAGACGUUCUGCCCGUGAGUCCCAAUGAACGACGGCCCAGUCUCAACGAGAUCUUCCUCCAAGCUGCGUCCAAGCAGAUCGCCCGUGACGAGAGCGGCGUGGGAGCUGGUCGACCGCCAGCAAGUGACUCCCACCGGGAUGUCUUUAGUAUCUUUGGGGAGCGUGGCAUGCCCAUUGACGUGCCUCCUCGAGAGAGUUUAGUAUCACCUGCAUCCAGCACUUGUCCACCGAUUAGUCCCAGUGGCAGUGUCUUUUCAACGGCCACUACUGCCUCAGACACGGAGCGGACGCUCGUGUUGCGCCGACCAGCAGGUCAGUACUUCCCUCAGCUUCGGUUAAGCUACGGGGUUUACUCGAACACGGGCGUUCGGAGAGACAAUGAGGACCGACAAACGAGCACGUCACAGAUGAUUGACGACGAUCUCGUGGCUUUCUUUGGGCUGUACGACGGCCACGGUGGAUCGGAAGUGGCCGAGUAUUUGGCUCGGAACUUUCAUGAUAACGUGUUCAAGUAUCUUCGGAAAGCAGUGAUGAAUGAAGUGGAGAAGGCACGGAGUGUGCGGACCCCGGAUAAGGUUCUUAGAGAAGCCGUGCGGAGAGCUUGUGGUGCUACGGACGAAGAGAUAAUUAAAGCGCAAUUGCCCAGUGGAUCUACUGCUGUGUCGGUUGUCGUUCGUGGCAGCACGGCGCUCGUGUCUUCUGUAGGGGACUCACAGGUCGUCUUGUCCACGAGUGGCCAGGCAAAAGACAUGUGCAUCGCUCACACGCCACAGCUUUCUAGUGAACGAGAGAGGAUUCUUGCCGCGAAAGGGCAGGUGUCCAAGGGCAGGAUUUACGGCAUGCUUGGCGUCUCUCGUGCUUUUGGUGACAUUGAUUUUAAGACUGGACGAGGAGAGUUCAAGAGCAGGUUCAAUGGUGAUCUGGUCAGUGCUACGCCUGACAUUGUAGUGCACGAGAUCAAGAGUCAAGAUGAGUUCAUGGUACUUGGUUGCGACGGACUCUUCGAUGUGAUGAAGCCCCAAGACGUCGUGAACUUUGUGCGGGCCAAGCUGGGUCUUCACGGAGACGUCCAGCACGCGACCGAGGAGCUCGUGAGCCAUGCCAUCGCACUUGGGUCGACGGACAACGUGAGCGCCAUUAUCGUAUGCUUCAACCAGAACGAGCAAGAGGUUGCACCUGUGACGCCCAUCGAAGCGGCGCAGGCAGCUGAAGCUCAGAAGAAGCGUGGGUCGCGGUAA